UGGUGCUUUCCUUUCCAAUACCGCUAACCAAACUUGCCACCGGGCGCUAGGCGAGUUAUAAUGCGAGUUCUAGUGAUAUUAUGGCAUCGAACCUCCUGAAAACGUGUGCCAUAUUUGUGUUUAAUAACUUGUCGUUUGGCAGCAGCUUCCGAGUUCUCAAUUAGUGAAAUUAGAGUGCCAGACAAUGCUAUUCAGUUAGCCCGAGGUUGUUGCUAACUGGCUAGGGAAGUUAGCCAGUUAGCUAGCCAUCCGCGGCGUCAGCUCGCUGGAGGCUGAUUUCUUGUUUCGCGCAUUUCAAGCAUGUCCGCCGACCUGUGAAACUGUUUAACGGACAGAUAAACGACAAGGUUAAAUUGUAACUUCGCCCGUGUCAAAUACAAAUGACUGAAACUUCCAUAGUCUGCUUUUAAAAUGGAGAGUCAUCAGUGUUUCGCCUAAGCGGUUGCUUUCCGCAAACGCUGCUCUUUUGUUUUGACAAAGGAAGAGGACCUGAGUUUAUUUUUUUUUUUAUUUUUUUUUUAAACAGUUCACAUCAGGCGGUGGGAUAGUUUCUCUGGCGGUUUUGUUUUGACAAUGGCUCCACAGAAGCAGAGCUCCUCGGGUGGAAGCCACCCGGUGGGUUUUGGUUCUGGAGGAAAAGCCAACGGGUUAUACCAGUCCUCCUCCUCCUCCUCCUCCUCCUCCGCGAUGGCUGUAGCCAAGAAGCCCAACAUGCAACUCAUUCAAGCCGACCACGAGUUGUUCCUGCAGGCCUUCGAGAAGCCUACCCAAAUCUACAGGUUCCUUCGCACCAGGAACUUGAUCGCUCCUAUAUUCUUGCACAGGACACUCACCUACAUGUCCCACAGAAACUCAAGGAAUAAUGUCAAAAGGAAAAGCUCCAAGGUUGACAAUCUGUUGUUCAAAGUGGAGAAGAUGCGAGGCGAACAGGAGACUCACAGCUUGGCCUCUAAUUUGCAGCUCACAUUUACUGGCUUCUUUCAUAAAGCUGGAAAGCCAUCUCAGGACAGUGAGAAUGAGCAGAACUCUGUAUCUCUGGAGGUGCUGCUGGUCAAAGUCUGUCACAAGAAGAGGAAGGAUGUGAGCUGUCCAGUGAAGCAGGUCCCCACAGGGAAGAAGCAGGUUCCUCUGAACCCCGACACCAGCGCCGGAGUCUCGGCCAAGCCGGGCUCCUUCCCCUCACUGCUGGUUCCCAGCAGCGAGUUUGAACCCAGCAACUCUCACAUGGUCAAGUCCUACUCGCUGCUCUUCAGAGUGUCGAGGCCCGGAUACCCCCGGACUCAGGCCAACGGCCUGGCCAACGGAGAGUAUCACAACAGCAGAGAAUUUACAGAGGAAGUGGUAAACAGGAAGAGGAGGAGCUCCUGUCUCAGGGAGGAGGGAGAAACCACAUUUGUUGCUCAGAUGACUGUCUUUGAUAAAAACAGGCGUCUGCAGUUGCUUGAUGGGGAGUAUGAGGUGUCUAUGCAAGAGAUGGAGGAGUGUCCCGUGACUAAGAAGAGGGCAACCUGGGAGACCAUCCUGGACGGCAAGCGUUUGCCUCCGUUUGAGAGUUUCUCUCAGGGUCCCACCCUGCAGUUCACCCUGCGCUGGACCAGCGGCGACUCCGACCUCUCCACUGCACCCGUGGCUAAACCUCUGGCCACCCGCAACUCUGAGACCAACCAGGAGCCCCGGCCCGGCUCCCUGAGAGCCACACACACUCUGGCUGUCAAAGAAUCCGUAAAUGCCGACGUGCAAACCAGAAGAGAACUGAUCUCAGCUGAGCCCCGGCAGAAGCUACGCAUCUUCUACCAGUUCCAGUACAACAACAACACGCGGCAGCAGACGGAGGCCAGAGACGACCUCCACUGUCCCUGGUGUACCCUCAACUGCAGGAAGCUCUACAGUCUGAUCAAACACCUCAAACUCUCUCACUCCCGCUUCAUCUUCAACUACGCGCACCAUCCUAAAGGGGCGAAGAUCGAGGUCUCCAUCAACGAGUGUUAUGAUGGCUCGUAUGCAGGAAACCCUCAGGACAUCCACAGCCAGCCGGGCUUCGCCUUCAGCAGGAACGGCCCGGUCAAGAGGACCUCGGUCACCCACAUUGUCGUCUGCAGACCCAAGAGGUCAAAGCCGAGCCUGUCUGAGUUCCUGGAGCCAGAGGACGGGGACCAGGAGCCGCCCAUCAUCAGCGGACACAACCGCCUGUACUUCCACAGCGACAGCUGCGUGCCGCUGCGGCCUCAGGAGAUGGAGGUGGACAGCGAGGACGAGAGGGACCCCGACUGGCUCAAAGAGAAGACUGCCAAGCAAAUCGAGGACUUCACUGACGUCAACGAGGGGGAGAAGGAGAUCAUGAAGCUGUGGAACCUCCACGUCAUGAAGCACGGUUUCAUAGCGGACAACCAGAUGAACGAGUCCUGCCUGCUGUUUGCCGAUCACCACGGCGUCCACAUCGUCAAGAACGACCUCGGUCGCAACUUCCUGCUGCACCUGAUCAGCAUGCACGACUUCAACCUGGUGAGCACGCAGACCAUCGACCAGGCCAUGGCCCGCCUCCGCCUCCUGCAGAGCCAGGGCGCUCACAGGGACAAAGAGGUAGAGGAGGAGGAGGAAGAGGAGGAGGACUGGGAGACGGCCGUGGAGUCCCAGCCGGAGCUGGACCCAGAUCCCGAUCUCGACCCGUCCGAGUACACGCCCUGCGAGGACGGGGCUGCCAGCGGCUGCGCGGAGAAAGGAAGCCAGCAGCAGGAGGAGGAGGAGGAGGAGGCGGGUGCAGGGGCCGAGGCAAUAAAGCCCAGCGCCGGGACUGUCUCCGGCUCUGGAUCGGUUUUAAACUGAAUUUAAACUUCUAUUACAGCAAAGACCCCCCCACAAACAGGACAACAAAUCUAGAAAACAGGCGAUAGACAAACAGGUGUUAAAACACACACACAGGUUACUGCAGGGAUUCCGUUUUAUAGGGCACACAAGAUGGAGUUUACAUCGACGAGAUGCUUCAGGGGAGUUUAUCAUUUCAUGACUUGGGGAAAGUUGAAGCUCAGAAUCUUCGUUAUUUUUCUUAUUCUACGCCUUGUGUCCGGACAGAUGCAGUAGAUGUGACCGCUCCGUCAGCCCGUACAUCCUCUCCUCUCCUCUCCAUCCCGUGGAGCAAGCACAGAACCAACUCAGCCUUCGGUGUGGGUUCGUUUCAACGGUUUUCCAUUCAUUUCUGUGCUUGCUCCGUCGUUGGUAAACACAAUUCAAAGGGGUCUUCCCCCCCCCCCCCCCCCCUCGGUGUGAAACACCAAUCAGUGACCUUUCUGCCACACUCGGCUCCACCAAAGUUUUUUUCUUCUUUUUUUUCUACGGAAUGUGUUCAUAUGCACAUAAGUGAUCAAGUCUCUUGGUGUCUAGUCAGGUCUCUGGGUGUCUCAAAGUGUCCAGGACUCCUGUCAGUUCUCCGGCUGUCUAAUCUGGCUUCUUAUUAGGUCUUCAGGUCUCUAAUAAGGUCUCGGGGUUUCUGAUCAAAUGUCCAGAUGUCUCAUAAUGUCUCCAUCUCCACAUCUCUGGCCUUCUCCAUCUGAUCGCCAUAUAUUCUCCAUCAGUACAGUAUAUAUUGAUAUUUAUUAUAUAUAUAUUUUUCUUCUGUUCUCGGGUGGAAUACAAACCCGCUCCGACAGCCGGGGAUCAGAGUCCUGGAUCAGUUGCGUACUCGCAGUGUGCAGUUUCUACUACUGGUGCUAGAUCUUUGUAUUCCUCUGAAACUCUCCGUGGUCUCGGGUGCUUUCUUACAGCGACCUCCACUGCCAGCACUCACAAACAGCAAGAUGCAUUCUUGCUAAAUAUAUGCCGUUGAUAUAUUUCCCCCGAACGGACUUGUUUUCCUCCAGUGCUCCUCCUCAUGCAGCUCGGCCCUGCUGAAAACAGACAGACACUAAACCGUGUCCCACUUCAUGGUCCGCCUCCCUUUACAAAUCCAUAAUUCAAGGCAAACUGUUGCUGGGUCGGCGAUGGGUGGUCCUUUAUGUGCAGAUCGUCUAAUUUGGGAAGAAGAUGCAGGUUAAGACCUCCCAAUUUUGGAUUAGUCAAUGGACAGAGAAUGAAUUGUCUAAACAGUUGCUGAUGAGACUUUUGGACGUUGAAUCCAGAUGCUGGUUCCAGUUUCUUGAAUGAGAAGUCGCUGGUUUAAAGUUUUUUUGACUGUUCACACACAAGGGCUCCGGGAACUGCAGGUCUACGUUUCCCCUCAAAUUACCAUCUUAAGUUAUUAAUUGACAGAAUGGUGAUUACCAAACCAUCACCUCCAGAGGAGGAAGAGCCUGGAACAGCACGUAGCUGAAGCCAUCACCCGGAGCUGAAGCUGAACAAGUUGGCCGUUAUUUUUUUCUGUCAUUUCUCAGCUGGUGUGUGGUUUAUUUUUCCUCCUGCCGUAAUGUACAAGACUCUGUGAAACUGUAAUAAAUUAGCUCUGGGAUGUGUUUGGAAGCCUGAACGCCACCCAGCAGGUUUGUCGUUUUUUUUUUUUUUUUUGACACACCAAAGGGGAUGGAUUUCCUGCACAUAUCUCCGCUCUUGUUUCUUGUCUCCUGUGAACAUUUCCUUGCUUUUUGAAAAAAAGGAAAGGGAAAAAAUAUAGAAUAAAAGAUUUCUGCAAAGCCUCUGACCUGAUUUUCACUGCCUUUAAAACAAUCUCAACGUUACAGUGAGACAGAAUCCUAAUGUCCAGAUGCUGCUUUCAGUUUCCCGCUCAUACAGAACUGGCAGUGAUGCUCCGAUACAGGAACUGAUGCAGAGACAUUGAGGUUUCAUCGGGGGUAGUAGGAUGUGUAUUUGUACCUUCUCGUAUUGUGACCCUGAUCUUUUAAAAGAUAUCUGGUUUGCAGUGGGUGUUCAGAGCCAUCUGGAUCACAUGUGAUAGUUCUGAGUGACGGAGCACUUUUUAUUCUUGCAUAAGCCCCCUGUAGAGGUUUUCUUUACGUUGUUCAUUCACGUGAGACCAGCAGCAUUUUGCACAAGAUGAGUGGAGCCAUGUCAAGAAAACAAGACUUUUCAACAACUAUGUAAAAACCAGCUUGACGUUGUGAACUUUUAAGUUGAGUCAGAAUGGUUUUCUAUUAAAAGAACAAUUUUGUACAAUUAUA